ACACAUGAUUCCCUAGUGCAACUGCUAUGUGCAUUUGCCAGGCAUUUCCACCCCUUAGAGUUCCCCAUAGUUUGAAGUCUGAAUCUGACCCCUGUUCUGCUUCUCAAGGUAACUUUAAAACAGGAAGUGUACAAAAGAGGUAACUGAUGACGUGAACAGCCAAUCGUGGCUUUGUGUUCUUAGCCAAUAAAGCAGUUCAGCCAAUGGGAUCACAGUGGAGGCAAGGUUUGGUGUCAAAUAGCAUGCUAGAUUGAAUGCCUUUGACUGUUAAAGUGGAAGGAGGCUGCAGGGCUUCAUUGGAGCCUCGGAGUUUUUCACUGAGGCAGGGGUCAGCUGAAAGACAAAGAAAAAUGGCGAAUAGUUUGUUGGGGGGUGGGAGGACAGCUGUUCGGGCUUUCACUGGAGUGGACAUUCCAGACUCAGGUUUCUGCAUCUCCUGCUGCCUUUUGUUUCCUCCGUCCUUUGGGGGGGAGGGAUAGGAGUGACUUAAAUUCUCCCAGUCCGAGGAGGUAUAAAUAACUACAUGUAAAAUUAAUGCAGUUCCCGCUGCCCUGUGGGAUAUUGCUGUAGAUGAUAGAGAAGUUUCUAAGAAGUUAAGAAAUUUGCUCAAGAUCACAGUUCACCAGAGAGCUAAGAACCCCCAGUUGUCACGAUGUCCACAGAAGGAGGAUUUGGUGGUACUAGCAGCAGUGAUGCCCAGCAAAGCCUACAGUCAUUCUGGCCUCGGGUCAUGGAAGAAAUCCGGAAUUUAACAGUGAAAGACUUCCGAGUGCAGGAACUCCCAUUGGCUCGUAUUAAGAAGAUUAUGAAACUGGAUGAAGAUGUGAAGAUGAUCAGUGCAGAAGCGCCUGUACUCUUUGCCAAGGCAGCCCAGAUUUUUAUCACAGAGUUGACUCUUCGAGCCUGGAUUCACACAGAAGAUAACAAGCGCCGGACUCUACAGAGAAAUGAUAUCGCCAUGGCAAUUACAAAAUUUGAUCAGUUUGAUUUUCUCAUCGAUAUUGUUCCAAGAGAUGAACUGAAACCUCCAAAGCGUCAGGAGGAGGUGCGCCAGUCUGUAACUCCUGCCGAGCCAGUCCAGUACUAUUUCACGCUGGCUCAGCAGCCCACCGCUGUCCAAGUCCAGGGCCAGCAGCAAGGCCAGCAGACCACCAGCUCCACGACCACCAUCCAGCCUGGGCAGAUCAUCAUCGCACAGCCUCAGCAGGGCCAGACCACACCUGUGACAAUGCAGGUUGGAGAAGGUCAGCAGGUGCAGAUUGUCCAGGCCCAGCCACAGGGUCAAGCCCAGCAGGCCCAGAGUAGCACUGGACAGACCAUGCAGGUGAUGCAGCAGAUCAUCACUAACACGGGAGAGAUCCAGCAGAUCCCGGUGCAGCUGAACGCCGGCCAGCUGCAGUAUAUCCGCUUAGCCCAGCCUGUAUCAGGCACUCAAGUUGUGCAGGGACAGAUCCAGACACUUGCCACCAAUGCUCAACAGAUUACCCAGACAGAGGUCCAGCAAGGACAGCAGCAGUUCAGCCAGUUCACAGAUGGACAGAGGAACAGCGUGCAGCAAGCUCGAGUCUCUGAGCUAACGGGAGAGGCAGAGCCCAGAGAAGUGAAAGCCACAGGAAAUUCAACUCCCUGCACCUCUUCCCUGCCCACCACACACCCCCCCUCACACCGGGCUGGUGCCUCCUGUGUCUGCUGCUCCCAACCCCAGCAGAGCUCCACUUCCCCUCCUCCUUCUGACGCCUUGCAGUGGGUGGUGGUUGAGGUAUCUGGGACCCCCAACCAGCUCGAGACCCAUAGGGAGCUGCAUGCCCCUCUCCCAGGGGUGACCUCACUCUCUCCUCUCCACCCCUCGCAGCAGCUCUACCAGAUCCAGCAAGUCACCAUGCCUGCGGGCCAGGACCUCGCCCAGCCCAUGUUCAUCCAGUCAGCCAACCAGCCCUCCGACGGGCAGGCCCCCCAGGUGACCGGCGACUGAGGGCCUGAGCUGGCAAGGCCAAGGACACCCAACACAAUUUUUGCCAUACAGCCCCAGGCGAUGGGCACAGCCUUCCUCCCCAGAGGACCCGGCCGACCUCAGCGCCUCCUGCAGGCUAGGACACUGGUGCACUACGCCCCAUGCCUGGGGGCCAAGAUUCUCCAGCAGAAAGAUGCAAUAUUUUUUGUUUCCUUUUUUUUCCAUUUUUUUCUCCAAGGAAUCAAUAUUUCAAUAUGUUGAGCUAUGUGUCCAAUGCUAUGAAAUUAAAAUAUUAAAUAACAUAUUUAUGGCAUUUUCUUGAAGAGUGUGGUUAAAGAAAUAUUUCUUCUUUUGUUUUUUUUUGUUGUUGUUUGUUACCGCCACUUCUUUUUAGGAGCAAAUCUCCCCAGGGGUGUAUGGUAUUUCUUGACUCUUGGAACAGCUGCUACCCCCAAGACUUGCCACGUUGUUCUGCCCUCAGAUGGAAUUAGGUGAAUGUGUGUAGCUGCUUUUUCACUCGUGGUCCUCUCCCCAUCCCUUGCUCUUACGCCAGAGCUCUGUGUAUUUGCAUCCAGAGGCCAUGGAAACAUUCCUUGCAUUUAAGAGAUUUAUUCCCCAUGGAGAGUGGGUGGGUUCAUUGCCACACUCUUUUCUCCCAGGGACCCAGGAGACUAGGACUUUGUGCGUUUGCUGCCCACCUCCCCUUUAUUUUUUAAAUGCAUUAAACACUGUGCUAGUCUCCUUUGCAUGGACUUCAGACUGCAUGAAAUGCAAUAAAUCUCAUUUUAGAUAA